AUGCAGUUCUUCACCCUCUUCGCUGCCGCCGCGGCCGUGGUCUCCGCCGCCCCCGCCGCCCCCGAGGCCCGUCAAAUCAACAACAACGUCGUCUACCCCGCCGCGACCUACCGCCGGUGGAUCCAGACGGGCGACAUGGUCCUGGACCCGCAGGACCAGCUGCUCAUCGUCAAGAACGGCAACGCGGCGGACGAGACGUCCACCCUCGUCACGUUUGACUUCGACGCCAGCACCGCCGGCAAGACGUGCGAGCUCCGCUUCGAGCUCUGGGACCGCGACGUACCCCCGAACCCCAACACCGUCUCGGUCGAGGAGGGGAUUGCCCAGCUGACCGCCGCCGCCGUCAAGAGCCGGGACCACCACGUCGGCCGCAUCGUCGCGCCCAAGCCUGGGAACGCGACGUGGGUGCAGGCCUACGAUGGCUGGCCGUCCAUCCCGUGCCCGGCUGGGCAGCUCAUCGCCGUGGAGUAUGUCGGUGUUGGUGAUAAUGUCGAGGUUCGCUGGGAUAUUGGCGUCACGGGCCCAACGUUCUUGGUUCGGGAUUAA